CCAGCUCAAGAGAAAGUCUUGGAGCUGGUGGUGUUCUCCCUCCUUCCUGCCUUCACGUGAUUCAGCUUCCCCACGCCAGGAGCCGGGGACCAGCCGCGCUGUGCGAGAUGGCUGCUGGCGGCUGCCUCCUUCUCCUUCUUCUGCCCUCGCUGAUUGCAGCCUCGCACAGCCCUCCUGGCUGUAAGAUCCGGAUUACUUCCAAGGGGCUGGACCUGGUGAAGCAGGAGGGGCUGCGCUUUGUGGAGCAGGAGCUGCAGAACAUCACGGUGUCAGACCUGCAUGGGAGUGAGGGACAGUUCCAGUACAACAUCAGCCAGGUCAAGGUGACAGACCUGAAGCUGGCCUCUUCAGACCUGAACUUCCAGCCCCAGCAGCACCUUGUCUUCAACAUCAACAAUGCUUCCAUUAGCCUACGCUUCCGCAGGCAGCUGCUCUACUGGUUCUUCUACGACAUUGGGUCCAUCAAUGCCUCUGCGGACGGAGUCUACAUCUACACAGUGCUGCAGCUGGCCAAGGACGAGGCUGGGCGCCUCAAAAUCUCCAAUAUGACCUGCAACGCCUCCAUAGCGAGAAUGCAUGCUGGCUUCUCCGGCACACUCAGGAAGGUAUACGAGUUCCUGAGCACCUUCAUCGUCACAGGAAUGCGCUUCCUCCUCAGCCAGCAGAUCUGCCCAUCCCUGGAGCAUGCCAGCCUGGUGCUGCUGAACUCUUUGCUGGACACAGUGCCUGUGAGAAACUACGUGGAUGAGCAUAUCGGGAUUGACUACUCCCUCCUACGGGAUCCGUCCAUUUCCACUGAUACCCUUGAGCUCGACUUCAAGGGCAUGUUCUUCCCCCGGGUGAGAGAGGACCAGGAGCUGGAGAACCACGCGGUGGAGCCGGUGAUCAAGGAGACUGAACGCAUGGUUUAUGUUGCCUUCUCUGAGUACUUCUUUGACUCAGCCAUGCAGUCGUACUUCCAGGCAGGAGUACUGACCAUAGAGCUCCAGGGGCAGAAGGUACCCAAGGACCUGGAGGUUUUGCUGAGAGCCACAUUCUUUGGGACCAUCUUCAUGCUGAGCCCUUCUGUGGAUGCUCCGCUGCGGCUCGUGCUGCAGGUCUCUACUCCCCCCCGCUGCACCAUCAAACCCUCGGGGACCUCAGUCUCUGUCUCUGCUUUCCUGAACAUCUCACUGGUGCCCCCGGACCGCCCACCUAUCCAGCUCUCCAGCAUGGCCAUGGAAACCAAGCUGAGUGCCAAGGUAUUUCUGCAAGGAAAGGCGCUGCGUGUGCAGCUGGACCUACGACGGUUUCGCAUCUAUUCCAAGCAGUCAGCGCUGGAGUCGCUUGCGCUGUUCUCACUGCAGGCCCCACUGAAGACCCUGCUGCAGCUGACCAUCAUGCCCAUCAUUAACGAGAGGACAAAGAAGGGGGUGCAGAUCCCACUGCCCGAAGGCAUGGACUUCACCAGGGAGGUGGUCACCAAUCACGCGGGAUUCCUCACAGUGGGAGCUGAUCUCCACUUCUCCAAGGGGCUGCGGGAGGUGAUUGAGAAAUACCGCCCGGUGCCGACUGCUGCUGCCUACUCCAGCUCCCGGCCCCCAGAGCCCAGCCUGGACCCCAGCUCGCUCUAGCUCUCCUCCCUGGACCAAGGGCAGAUCCCGGGCAGGACCCAUAGACUGUAGGUAGGAAGCAGCUUCCCUGGUACCACCACAUUGUCAGGUGCCCAGGCCCUGGUGGGGCGCAGCAAGGUGGAGAGGGUGCUCUGGGAAUCCCUGCUGCAGCCCUGCUCAUCACACUAAUAAACCACCUGACUCUAACCA